AGCCAACGGAUUCAGUCUGAAAACCUGCAGUGGUUUCCAUUUUUCUCCUCAGUUCUCUCUCUCUCUAUAAAACCCUUCGUCCUCUCUGAAGCCAAAAUCCCUCUCCCAUGGAUUCCUCCAAGCCCUCCAGAAGACCCUGCUUCCUCCAAGAAGACGACGGCCUCGCCUCUUUCGCCGACAUGGACCCCGCCGUCUCCGCCCAUCGCUUCUUCUCCCGCCCCCGGAGCUUCCGCCGCCUCCCCUCCGCCGCCGCCGCCACGCCGGAAGACCCUCACCCUCAUUUCUUGGAUUCUUGCUUCCUUUGCCGCAAACCCCUCGCAGAUAACGCCGAUAUCUUCAUGUACAGAGGCGACACCCCAUUUUGCAGCGAAGAGUGCAGAGAAGAACAAAUAGAAAUAGACGAAGCGAAAGAGAAAAAGUGGAGAAGAUCUUCCUCGGCGGCCAUGAAAGCUCUGAGGAAAAAAGAUCAGAGAAGAUCCACUUCGCCCAAUAAAUCCUCCCCUCCCAACGACUACCCUCUCCGCGCCGGCACCGUCGCCGCCGCAUAGAUUCCGACACACAAAAACAAAAACAAAAA